UUUUGUUUUGUGGGAUUACUAGCUGGUUGCUGGUUGAAAAUCUCUCUGGGGCCUCUCUGAUCUCUAGAAAUGGCUCACGGUCUCUCUUUCAGUGCAACACUGUGGCAACGUUUAGAGCUGAGUAGUAACUAAUUACAUGUAAUCAGUACUCAGAAUUACAUUUUCAAAUGUUCAUAAUCAGAAUACAGUUACUUUUUUAUGGAUUACAUUAUUACUUCUACUAUGGGGCCGUUGAAUACUUAAAUUCAACGGCCCCAUACUUGUUUUUUUUAUAUAUAUAUAAGGACGUCACUUCCUGCUUGUUGUUGACGGCUGUACUGCGUUUGAGCUCCGUCACUAUAUUCUUUUCAUUGACUAUUUUUAACUUAAAAAUCAAUUUUAUACAUCAUUGUUUCCGUUUAUAUAACGCGUGAAUAUAUCCUCUAUUGUAUUCUACAACAAAAACAAUCAGAGCGCCUCGCUAUCACUAGUUUUAUUUUGAUCUCCCGGGUCCGCUAUUAGCUUUUAGCCAGUUAGCAUCAGCAAGCGUGGUUGCUGCUAACUGCGCUUACAUUGCUAAUACUCUAUUCUCACACAUUACCACUGCUGUACUCACUGUUACUUGCUUUAAUGGCGGAUGAAUGUCUCCACUCUGUGCAGCUCGAGCUCGAGGCCGUGGGGAAGCAGAUUCGCGACCUGGAACAUAGGCAGGCCCAGCUGAGAGAGCGGAGAGCCGCGCUGGAAUCAUCCCGGGCUGACGCUCACAAGUCCGGGGCCCGGUGCACCCAGGACGCGAUCUUCCCAGAUGUCCUUCACUGCGACGCCGGGACACCACGGACCCUGGGUGCAUCCACAGCGGAGGACGCGAGCUGGGUCCCGGGCGACGACUUCUCCCCCUCCUACCUUCGAGAUCUCCAUCCAGAACCACUUCGCUCCCCUCCGCGAGACAGGACGCGACGCUGUGAUCAUCGGAGACUCCAUCGUCCGACACGUAAGUGCUACGUUAGCCGAAGGUAAAGUGCACACUCAUUGUUUGCCUGGUGCUCAUGUUCUCGAUGUUUCUGCGCAGAUACCCGCGAUCCUGAAGGACGGCGAGAGCCCCAGAGCGGUCGUGCUUCACGCCGGGGUUAACGACACCACGCUGCGGCAGACGGAGACGCUGAAGAGGGACUUCAGGAGCCUGAUCGAGACGGUUCGCAGCACGACGCCCGCGGCGACGAUCGUCGUGUCAGGACCACUGCCCACGUAUCGACGAGGACACGAAAGGUUCAGUAGACUUUUUGCUUUAAAUGAAUGGUUGUUGUCAUGGUGUAAAGAACAGAAACUGCUAUUUGUUAAUAACUGGAAUCUUUUCUGGGAGCGUCCUAGACUGUUUCGCGCUGAUGGAUUACACCCCAGCAGAAUUGGAGCGGAGCUUCUCUCUGACAACAUCUCCAGGACACUUCGCUCCAUGUGACUAGUAAGACAAUUCUCAAAUAACCAUUAUGAUGAGUUUUGUUCCAACCGCUUAAAUGCUAAAGGUACUUGCGCUGUAAAACCUAUUAAGACUGUGUCUGUUCCCCGAAUAGUGAGGUCAAAAUAUAAAUAUAAUGUAGGAUCUAGAAAAAAUCUUAUGGUAAUUAAACCAGAAAAAUGUAAAGUAGAUGAACAAAAACAAUUUUUAAAGUUUGGGCUCAUAAAUAUUAGAUCACUCGCACCAAAAGCAGUUAUUGUAAAUGAAAUGAUCACAGAUAAUAGUUUUGAUUUUCUCUGCUUGACUGAAACCUGGCUAAAACCAAAUGAUUAUUUUGGUCUAAAUGAGUCUAAUCCACCAAACUACUGUUAUAAGCAUGAGCCCCGUCAGACUGGUCGUGGCAGGGGUGUUGCAACAAUAUAUAGUGAUAUUCUCAAUGUUACCCAGAAAACAGGAUACAGGUUUAACUCUUUUGAAAUACUUCUGCUAAAUGUUACUCUGUCAGACAUGCAAAAGAAAUCUAAUGCAUCUCUUGCUCUGGCUACUGUGUAUAGACCACCAGGGCCGUAUACAGAAUUCCUAAAAGAAUUUGCAGAUUUCCUCUCAGACCUUCUAGUUACAGUUGAUAAGGCGCUAAUCAUGGGAGAUUUUAAUAUUCACGUUGAUAAUGCAAAUGAUACAUUAGGACUUGCGUUUACUGACCUAAUAAACUCCUUUGGAGUCAAGCAAAAUGUCACCGGGCCCACUCAUCGUUUUAAUCAUACACUAGAUUUAAUUAUAUCGCAUGGAAUCGAUCUUACUGCUAAAGAUAUUGUACCUCAAAGUGAUGAUAUUACAGACCAUUUCCUUGUAUCGUGCAUGCUGCGUAUAACUGAUAUUAACUAUAUGUCGCAGCGUUACCGUCUGGGCAGAACUAUUGUUCCAGCCACCAAAGAAAGAUUCGCAAAUAACCUGCCUGAUCUAUCUCAACUGCUAAUUGUACCCAAAAAUACACACGAAUUAGACGAAAUUACUGACACCAUGGGCACUAUUUUCUCUAAUACAUUAGAAGCUGUUGCCCCAAUCAAAUUGAAAAAAGUUAGAGAAAAACGUACUGUACCAUGGUAUAACAGUAAUACUCACUCUCUCAAGAAAUUAACUCGUAGUCUUGAACGCAAAUGGAGAAAAACUAACUUAGAAGUUUUUAGAAUUGCAUGGAAAAACAGUAUGUCCAGCUAUAGACAGGCUCUAAAAACUGCUAGGGCAGAGCAUAUACACAAAUUCAUAGAAAAUAACCAAAACAAUCCAAGGUUUUUAUUUAGCACAGUGGCUAAGUUAACAAAUUACCAGAUGCCACCUGAUUCAAAUAUUCCACCAACGUUAAAUAGUAAUGACUUUAUGAAUUUCUUCACUGAUAAAAUAGAUAACAUUAGAAAUACAAUAGCGAAUGUAGAUUCUACAACAUCUAACACUUCAGUUUCAUCCAUCGCACCCAAAGAUAAACUGCAGCGCUUUACAACCAUAGGACAGGAAGAGCUAAAUAAACUUAUCACUGUAUCUAAACCAACAACAUGUUUAUUAGAUCCUGUACCCACUAAAUUACUGAAAGGGUUGUUACCUGUAGCAGAAGAAACACUUCUCAAUAUCAUAAACUCGUCGUUAACUUUAGGACACGUCCCAAAACCAUUCAAGCUGGCGGUUAUCAAGCCUCUUAUUAAGAAACCAAAACUAGAUCCUAGUGUACUGGCAAAUUAUAGGCCUAUUUCAAAUCUUCCAUUUAUGUCUAAAAUUUUAGAGAAAGUUGUGUCUGCUCAAUUCAAUUCAAUUCAAUUCAAGUUUAUUUGUAUAGCGCUUUUUACAAAAUAA